GUCUUCUGCACACUCCUGCAGCAUGCCGCCUUACUUUUCAAGGAACAGCUGACAUGCAGAGUUGCAUUGGCUCAAGGGCUGUUAGAUGGCCGUGGCAACGAGAUGGUAGAGAGAUUGGGCGGAAACUCUUCGGACGAAGAGUACGUGGAUGUGCUCCUCGAUUCGGGGGAAGAAGAUGAGGAUGAGCCUCGACCGCUCACGGGCCCACCGGCGGGCCCGCCGCCGCCCAUAGCUACCCCUUUGCAGGCAGUGCAGGCCGUCUCUUACCAGGUCUCGCAGGCUAUGGCCCGCUCCCUGGGUAUCGUGCAAGGCCAAGUGCUGACCGUCAUGCCUCCCCACUGGGCAGACUUGAGACGGGUCACGGUGGAAGUCCGGGGGAUGAUGCCGAACGAGGCGAUGCACCCCCACGUCCUGCACUUCAGCGACUCGGCACCGCCCGGCCCAGCAGCACUCUCGAUCAUGGAAGGACCCUCAAUGCCGGAGGGGCCGGCCAUUCCUCCAGCUGCACCUCGAGUUGCCAGUCCACGACCUCGGCAACGACCAAAAUCCAAGGCCCAGGCCCUGACUAAGGAGGCAGCCGACACCGUGCUGGCGGACCUGGAGAUUGCCCGGAUGCAGGCUGACCUCGAUAUCGACGCCGAACUCCAUAACGAGACCUCCGGUGACGACACGGGUGCGGACAGCGAGCAGGCCAGACCAGGAUCAUCGACGGACCACCUCAGGCCAUCAGCCUCUUCGUCGACGAGACGCUCUGGUACACGCCGGGCUGAUGGCACCCUGGAGGCCGGCGACGAGGAGAUGGUCACAGUCCUCUUGGACGAACCCCAGAAGCCGACGCCCAAGCCCGAGCAGCCGGGCAAUGAUAAGCCGAGGCCUCACUUGAUCCUUCAGCCGCAGAGGGACCCUCUCAUAGCAGGCUACCACCUAGUGGCUCCCUCCUUUUCUCGCCCAGGCGCCGCCGCAGGAAGCCCCAGUAGUGAUCCGGGCUUAGGGGCAGUUUUGAGCGAACAGGAAGGAGGACUGGCCUUGCCGAACACAGCAAGAACACCCUCUCAGACAACCAUGCACACAGUGGACCGCGGCCAACAGACCUCCAUGUGCACAGACUCCUCGAUGACUCCCAGCGAAUGCGAGAAAAACUGGCAGUUUGCAGACUCUUCCUGUACGCUGGCCUGCUCCCGCUCUUGUGCACUUUCUCCUUUGCCACGGCUGGCCAGGUCGAUUGCCGCCCUUGUGAUUGACCAGGGAAUCCAGGAAUCCGAUCUUCGAUGCCUCGACCGGAAGUACAUUCCCGGAGCUGCCACCCUCAAGAAGCGCACCUUGACUCGAGUCAUCAACAAGGCUCAGGCGGACCAAUCUCAGACGAUCAAAUACAAAGGGCAGCGCUACCAUCUUCACGACCAGCGACCAGGUGAAACGUCGACCCCGGGACCUCCUCGCCUACUCCAACAGAGUCGUCCCGCCAGGCGCCUUCGGGUUGUCUCGUAUAACUGCGGAGGCCUCUCAGCCUCCCUCUAUCAGGAAUUGGUGGCAUGGCUCAAAGCAGAGGAGACCCGUGGAGAACCGGUAGACGUUCUCUGCAUCCAAGAGACUGCUUGGAAAGAGGACUUUGAAUUUCGCACAGCGACGAAUCACCCGCUCGAGCCCCAAUGGCACGCGAUUCAUGCAGGUGGUCCAGCUCGCACCGGCAUCCUAUGCCUUAUCAGGUCCUCCCUACUCCGUGCAGAUCAGAUCCGCUAUGUGGUGCUUGUACCUGGCAGAGUUCUUCACGUCAGGCUCCUAUUCGAGAUUCCACUAGAUCUCCUUCUCCUCUACCAAGUAGCAUGGAACCCCCAGAAGGCAGAGUUAAAGGGACACAAGGUCGACGCCUUGGUUCAACAACGUGCCAAGCUGUGGCACCAAGUGGAGCAGUGGUUAGCCCGGAUACCAUUACGAAAUGGAACAAUCCUCAUUGGUGACUUCAAUACUCCCCUAUGCCCCGAACAAGGCCUAUGUGGCGAAGGCGUCGUCUCCCGAGAAGGCAGCCAGAUCGACUUCCUGGUCGUCAGAGGCAACCUCCUCGAUGCCAAGGCACCUUCCGGUCUCUGGUACCAUUCCGCUCCCAACGAGGCCAAGGUCUGGCAAGCAGCCCAAAAUACUCUUGACACCGCAGCUACCGACGAGGUGCCCAACAUUGAUGCUGCCCUCCUUCAAGGCUUGGCUCAACUCUGGACGGGCUGGCGGCGCAUCUGUGCCCUCCAACAGCUUCAGCGAGAACUAAGACGCAGAGGCAGGCACAAAAAGAUCCAUAUGGUGGAGCAGGCAGUCAAGGCUGACAAUGUCUAUCAGGCUGCCAAGCAGUUCGCCCCCAAGACAGCGAGGCGAAGGCUUCAGCUCAGAACUGAACAGGGACACCUGCAAACAGCUGCCGAAGAGUUCAGGACUAUCAAGCAGUACUACGAGACCCUCUAUGCUGGUCCGGCCCCAACUCGGGACUUCCUGUGUACAAGGCUUGACUUUCAAUUGGAGGAGGUCCUCAAUGCCAUCAAGAACCUGGCUCCUGGAAAGGCCAUGCCUUCCUACUCGGCACCAGCGGCCCUAUGGAACAACCUGCAUGCCGAACUUGCACCGCAGGUCCUGCAGCAGCUGAACCACGUCUUCUCUCCAGGCCUCCUUGUUCUCCCAGCAGAAUGGUGUAUCAGCGAACUCGUUCUCCUGCCGAAGCCCGGUAAGGCCUUGACCUCACCUUCGCAUCUGCGCCCGAUUGCCCUCCUCCCGCCCAUCGCAAAAGUCCUCGCCUCAGUGCUGGCGUCCAGAAUCCAGCCUUUCGCGGCGGCUUAUCUGGAAAAUACUCCCCAGUUCGCUUAUCUACGUGGACGAUCUCUCCAACAGGCUUUGGAGAGAGUGAUCUCACACUGUGCCGAAACUAGAGCCUUGAUUGCCCAGCAGGCGACCAAUCCACACACCCGCAGGUCGGGGCGAGAGGUAUUGCAGAUCGCUGGCGGACUACAGCUUUCAUUGGAUGUCUCCCAGGCAUAUGAUGGCGUGAGCCGCAGCCACCUCCGAGAUGCACUCCUGGAGGCACAAAUUCCGGAGGCACUCACCACAGCCAUCCUGGCAACCCAUAACCAGGCAGUUUUGCGCAUCUCCCACGACCAGUACACCGACAACAUCAAGUUGCUCACAGGCCUACGUCAAGGCUGCAGCUUGUCGCCCAUACUUUGGUCCAUCUAUACAGGAUGGCUGCUCCGGCGCCUCGAAGAGACCGGACUUGUCCCUGUCUCGCAGGCAGGCACUGUUUUUGCCGAUGAUGCUCACUUCUCUUGGCUGAUCAAAACCGGCAGCCAGCUCGAGGCUGCAUACUCUGGCGUCCGAGCAGUCCUCAAUCACCUCGCUGCCUACAACUUGAAGGUGAGCAUUGAUAAAACCGUGAUCCUUGUUGAACUCCGCGGCUCCAAGGCGACAGCCCUCCUCAAGAAGUACGUGAUCCAGAAGGAAACUGGACCCCACAUGAGGUUCAAGGUCGGGGGAGAGCACAUGGACAUCAAGAUUGUCUCAAAACAUGUGUACUUAGGACUUCAUCAGAAGAAUGGGAUUGAAGCAGUCCGUGCCGAUUCUGUCUCCAACCGUUCCAGCGACGAGACGCUCACCUUCGAUCCUGCGCUGGCCUUUUCUGUGGGGCAUACGCCUACUCGAGAAUUGCCCGAGGCAAGCCGCUUCCUUUUGCCCCAGAUCAUGGCGGCGCCGGGUCUUCGAGGCCAACUUGCGGAAGCGACGGAGGAGCUCCGACUCAUCGAGUCCCUAGUACCCGAGGGGAGCCAGGGCUUCAGGAAACAGGACCAGCCGAGGCGCAUGCAGCUCGACGACCCCCUGGCGGAGACGGCCAACCUCGAGGACGACAAGGACCACCCGGCGAAGUGGAGACGCCCCGACAACAAAGGCCAGGGCGGCCGAGGAAAAGGCCACAGCAGCAACCAGCCGGACGAGACCUACGAACCCUACUGGGGAGAGGGCUGGAGUCAAAGCUGGAACCCGCAGAGGCAGGGAGCGAACAGAGCAGAUGCCCAACUCAAGGAACUUCAGAACCUGCGCCACCGAGUGGACCUCCUGACAACCUUAGUCUUGAGGCACGACAAUGCUCUGAACAUCUUGGCCCAGGAUCAGACGUACAUGAUCUUUGUUCGCACGGACAUUCCAGGCAACCUCGCCUCGAUCCUCUACGAGGCGGGGAAGGCAUGGAACGACCUCAAGGCCUCGAACCCGGAGAAACUCGAGGCUCCUAUGAGAGUGAUCCUGUUCCAGAAGUUCCUGGUCACGGUCAAGGCUCGAUUGGAACACAUCCUCACCUCGGAGGACAAGUUGCAUCAGGCCCAGAACCUACACUGGAUCACGGAGGACGGCGCCUCUCUCAAUGCGAUGAAGUGGGACCCGGAGCACAACCGGCACGUGGUGAACAAGGAGCUGCCGGUGGUGGAAAUCACGAAGGCCAAAAGUAUCCUCGAGGAGAUGAUCAUCUUGGGACGACAUCCCCGCUCGAUCAACAGGUUUCAUGCUACAAGGACCAUGGCGGAGACCUAUGCCUCCCCCACCCUGACGUUCAAGCUGGACCUGGGCCUCAGGACUACCGAGGCACAAUCGUCUACAACGAGACCCGCUGGCCCAGAAAGUUGCCCAGUCGCAGAAGCCACCGCAGCGCAGAGGGAGCAAGCACAAAGGGUACUGAGAAUCAACAUCCUGAACAGUGGCAACUACUGCUACGCCAACUCUUUGGUGAAGUGCCUCCUCAUGCUGGAGUGUCACCAUGGCUGGCUGGACGGGACCAAGCUGAUUCCGGAGCCGUUGCAGGGCAUUCUGAGAGGGUUUAUGAAUGCUAGAAAACCUUUUGCUCUUUGGGACAAUCCUUUCUGGAAAACUUUAGUUCGUGAUUGGCGAAGCCCGGGGAUCCAGCAUGAUGUUGCUGAUUUUCUCAUGUUCCUUGGAAG